CGGUAAAGUCCGAGAGCCUCUCGGGUUUGUCCGGUGAGUCUCGCAAGCUUCACCAUGGGAACAGUCAACGGUGCCGCGCGGACAAAAGGCUGCACGAACACACACACACACACACACACACACACACCGUUCCCGGUAACGGCAGAUCAAACCGUUAAACCAGUUUAAACAGUUGACUCAAACUCUUGCGGUGACCGUUAGUCACGUUAGUUACAGGUUUAUUCUCACCGCGGGAAAAUUUUCUCCUCCGCCUCCUCUUCUUCGUCUUCUUCUUCUUCGUUUCUCCGGUCAAAGGUCAUGUGUCCUCCAUGACUCAGUUCGCCGUUAAACCACCGACAGAACCGGAGAAGAAGCGCACCUGAAGGCAUCAGCAGAGCAAGCCCCGCCCCUCUAGACGAGACGAAGGUGAGAUGUGAUUGGCUGCAGAGCUGCUGUCGUCAUCAGAGAAGAGAGAGGGAGAAAAGUAAAGUGAAGAGGAAACGAAAGGCGGUGAGGAGGUUUUCCCUGCUACAGUUCAACAGAGAUGGGCUCCCAGCUGUCGUCAGUAGAGGACGUCCAUGUGGUGGUUGUGGGCGGCGGCUUCAGCGGCGUGAAUGCGGCGCAGCAGCUUCAGUGUCAGGGCCUCAGCUUCACGCUCAUCGACAUGAGGGAUGCGUUCCAUCACAACGUGGCGGCGCUGCGAGCGGCGGUGCAGCCCGGUUUCGCUCAGAGGACGUUCAUCCCGUUCGCCGAGACGUUUGGAGACGCUUUCGUUCAGGGUCGAGUGGAGCGCGUGGACACGGACAGACAGACGGUCGUCCUGCAGGGGGGGCUGGAAAUCCACUACUCUCACCUCAUCCUGUGUACGGGGACAGACGGACCGUUUCCUGGAAAGUUCAACACUGUGGCAUCACAUCAGAGAGCGGUGCAGGCGUACGAGGACUUUGUCCAUCAGGUCCAGACCGCAGACUCAGUCUUGGUGGUGGGCGGCGGCUCCAGUGGUGUCGAGAUGGCGGCCGAGAUCAAGACGGAGUAUCCAGAGAAGAAGGUGGUUCUGGUUCACUCCAGAAUUGGACUGGCCGACCCGGAGCUGCUGCCCAGUGUCCGACAGGAGGCCAAAGAGGUUCUGCUGAGGAAAGGGGUGGAGCUUCUGCUGGGUCACAAAGUGAAGGAUCUGUCGCAGCUGCAGCUGAACGCCACGCGCAAGAACACAAUGGUGACCACAGACAGAGGACGAACUUUGACCUGUGACCUGAUCAUCGACUGCUCAGGCCUGAAGGUCAACGCCGCGGCGUACAGAGACGACCUCAGUGAGAGCAUGAUGGUCAGCGGCGCUCUGAAGGUCAACCAGCACCUGCAGGUUCACGGUUUCACCAACGUGUUUGCCGCCGGAGACUGCGCCCACAUCCACGAGCCCAAGAUGGCGUACCACGCCCAGCUGCACGCCGCGGUCGCCGUUAGCAACAUCGUCAAAGGUCUGAAGGGGGAGGAGCUGACAUCGUAUAACACAGGUAACAUCACCAUGUUGCUGGCGAUGGGUCGUGAUGACGGCGUGGGACAGUUUAACGGCUGGAAGCUGCCGAGGUUCCUCGUCGUCCUGGGGAAAAGUCGUGAUCUCCUGCUGUGGAAGAGCUGGAGAGACAUGAAGCAGAAAUACACACAAUAACACCGCGCGCGCACACACACACUAUAACAACGCACACACAAUAACACACACGGUGAACGAUCAAUAAUCACUUUUUAUUUACUUUGUUUAUUUUCUUUUUACAAACAAAAAAUAAAAUAAAUAAACCUUU